AUGAUCGAUUUCAGAGAAUGGUCAUCAGGUGUUAAUAUAUCUUCAAGCAGAUCGAUUGGAAUCGAUUUGGGAACUACAAACUCAUGUGUUGGGGUUUAUCAGAAUGGAAAGAUCGAAAUCAUUGCAAAUUUCGAAGGAAACCGAACCACACCAUCCUAUGUGGCAUUCAAUGAAACUGAACGACUUAUUGGUGACGCUGCCAAGGAUCAAGCGUCUCGUAAUCCAGAAAACACAGUUUCCAACGCGAAAUUCGGCUCGGACGUUGGACUAAUGCUUGUGGUCGGUGGAGACGUCGUCGACUCCUUCACCCGUAUCCUUCCAGAUGGUUCGAAUCUUUGGAAAUCCGCCGAUAUCAUUAAAAUUAUCACGGAAUUCGGUUUAUUAGUCCUAUCCCGGGACCAGUCCCAUCCAAUGGCCACAAUAGAAAAAAUGUCUGAAAUUCCCAAAAAUUUGGCUGAAAAAAUCGAGAUGAUCGUAGAUGAUGUGUGUCCUGUGUCGGCAGUCAGUUCGACACGACUUCGAGCGGCGAUUUCCGCGAAAAAAUCGAUAAAAUAUGCGACGCCGGAUGAGGUUAUCGAUUAUAUACGGAUCAAUGAUUUGUAUCGAUCUUCUUGA